AUGCUCAAAAAGAUUGCGAUGUCAAUGGGUGAUAACGAGCAGCGUAUCAUGAUGCACAUUAUUCUUGCAUGCGCCAUCGUCACCAAACGCGGGCAAGCUUCGUCGAAUUGCGAUGCCAUUAAGAGUUUGCGAAUGAGCGUUUGCGAGAGGCUCGCCGAGUUUUUUCAAGCGUUCUCGUCGAGGCCGAUCGAACGCGACGAGAUGCGCGUCAUCAAGUGUUCGGUGCUGGAGGCUUAUUUGAAGGAUUUGAAGGCGACGAAUGUUAUUGAAAGGCACGCGCAACUCCUUCCGGUAGCCCCGUUUGCGAUCGUCAAGCUUCUCGCAGCUGUCAGCCGUCUUCCUUCAUUGUACAAGCUUCUCACUGUUCGAGUCAAAUGGAAUGCGCUGGAAUCGGAGGAGCAUUCGUGCUUAACCCUUGAUCUUCUAAUUGCCCCCCUCUACUGGCCGGGAUGUUUCGAAUUGAUGCUUAAAACGAUUCGAGGCGCGAUUCUGAAGUUGUCCGAGCUCGCCGAUGAGCCGAUGAUCGAGAUACCCGCGGUGGAAUGCGAGCGGUUCUCGUCGGCGAAAGGCGCCAAUUUUGGAACGACCCUAUUGAGCUCGAGAAUUCAUUUGCUUCUCGACAUUCUCACGCAACAUAUUGAGCAUGAAGUGGCGACGAUGAAGAAGCCGUCGGCGGAGAGUAUUGUGCUCCUUGGAAGAUUUUCCGACUAUGUCUCGGAGUAUAGCGAUGUUGCGAAUCGUCUAGCGACACCGCUUCUGAUUUGCAUAGAGAAGCGCAAAUCGAACGAGGAGACGCUCAUCAGCAUGCUUCAGUCGAUGGCGAGAAUCGCGCCGAUGCUCAAUGAGCCGUGUCAAUAUUUCGCGAAACUUCCGAGAAUGUUUUUGAAGUUCGAUCGUCGAGCACUCCGCGAAUCGCUUGUUUCGAUGAUCGAGGGUUUCGCACGAUCGCAACAACUUCCCGAGAGGACGAGAAUGCUUUUGAAGUUGAUUGGCGAGCUUGAUGCGUGGGAUCGAACCAAAGUCGAUGAGCCGCAUUAUGAGCGACGAUACGCGGCCUACAACGAGCUAAUGACGAUUUGGGCGUCGAACGAGGCGGUUGACGCGAUGGUUCUUGCCAUGCUCGUCUGCACACACUUCCACACGAUUUCAACGACAUCGGACUUGUCGCUUCGAAUGACCGCCGGCAACAAUGUUCGAUCGCUUGUCGAGUUUGCUGGACGCACACUGACUGUUGAAAUGAAGCACAACUUCCUAGAGACUUAUCUGGCUCCUACAGUUCUUAUCUAUGUGAAGCAUGAGGUUGACGCGGUUCGCGAGGAAGCUAUCAAUGUGCUGAUUGUCAUGAUCAAGGCGUUCCCUGAGAAUCAGCACCUUCAUGAGCUCGACCAAUUCUCGAAUGAUGAUGAGGAUUUAGAUUUUUUGAAGAAUAUGAAUCAUAUUCAGAUUCAUCGCCGCCAGCGCGCGAUUCGCCGAUUGAUCGAUGCUGUCGAAUCGGGACAAUCGGAGCUAUCGUUCAGUUGUAUGAACAAAUACUUGAUACCAAUGAUCAAUCCGUAUUUGGUGAACUUCUCGGCGAAAUUCAACGCGCUUUCCGACGAAUGCCUCCGAUUGUUGAAGUGCGCCAUGUCGCGAGCACCGUGGAGCAAGUACUCGUCGUUCCUUGAAGGAUGGCUCGCGAGAGUCGAGAAGGCGACCAAGUCGACGGAUGACGAGUUUUCCGAUAAGGCGUUGGUUCGGAUUGUGGUCGCCGUCAUUGAGGCAUUCCACUUCGAUGUGGAGCUCGAUGAGGCGCAGCUUGAGACGGAUGCGGAUCGGACGGACGAGGAGAAGGAGAAGAUUCAGAUAUUCCAGCGGGUUAAUCGGGUGAUCCUUCCCCAACUGAUUCAUACACUCGAUUCUCAAACGCAUGCGGUGGAGAGAAGCGCGCGAACGAUGGAAUCGAAAGCGACCGCCUUACAUCUCGACAUUCAGCGAACACCGAUCGCGUUGGCUAUCGUCAAACUUUUGGUGAAGCUUCCCGAAGCGAUUACAACUCGCCAUCUUCACGGAGUUAUUCUGAAAUUGUGCAAUCUGAUGAUGACGCACUCAUUCGACGUUCGCGAGACGGCACGAAAAACGCUUAUCCAGAUUGUGAAAUGCCUUGGCCCGAAAUAUUUGGCGUCGGUGAUCACGGAGAUCUCGUUGACGAUGACGAAAGGAUUUCAAGUGCACGUGGCGAUCUACUCGAUUCACAGUUUGAUUGUCGCGAUGAAAUCGACGCUGAAUGUUGGCGAUCUUGACUCGGCGAUCGGCGUCAUCGUGAAGCUCGCCAUUCAGGAUCAAUUCAACGCGGCCGCCGAGGAGAAGGAGAUCGGCGCGAUCAAAGCGGAAUGCCCGGAAGCGAAGGGCAAUCGAACGCCGGAAACGAUGCAGCAUCUCGGACGCGUCGUGUCGCCGAUGGGAAUCCAACAGAUUUUGGCGCCGUUCCGCGACGUCGUCAACGAGCAGCCGUCGGCGAAAGCGAUUCAGAAGGUGUCGGACUUGUUGUCGAAGUUUGUCAGCGGAUUGAAGGAGAACGACGGGCUCGAAGCAUCGUCGCUUCUCACGUUCAUCUUCAAAUCGUUGACAGCCGAUCUUCAGAAAAUGAAGGAGAUUGAAGGGAACGGUGUCGUCGGCAAAGCAGAGAAGGAAAUCAAACGCGAGAGCUGUUUGUUGCUGCCGGAAGCUCCGAAGAGGCUUGGUGCCAUCAAUAAGGUCGUCGUUCGGAGUAGGGAUCAUGUCUUCGCCGAGUUUUUUGUACAAUUGUACUCGUCGCUGCUCAAAGAGAAGAAGUUGGAUCUUGACGAAGACGGGAUGAUCGCGAGACUCAAUCCGUUCGUACCAUUGAUUUUGGAUUGUUUCGACUUCAAAUAUGAAAAGUUGAUCUCGAGCUCACUUCGCGCAUUGUGCUCAAUGAUCCAGAUUCAGUUGCCGGCGGUGGAGAAGAACUCGCAACGCAUCGCCGACACGUUGUUCAUUCUGCUCAGCGAUUACUCGUCCAUCGGACACGCUGGAAAUAAGCCGUCGAUUGUUCAACUCAAUCAGUUGAUCUACAAGACGUUCACGAGUUUCAUUGGCGUUUGCGGACGCGGUUUUCUCGACAAUGAGAAGCUGACGUUGUUGUUGGCUUAUGCGGAAGCCGAUAUUAUGGAUCAGCACAAGCAGGCGACGAUGUUCUCGUUGAUCAAAUCGCUGGUGAAGAAGGGUGUUCAGCACGAGAGGCUAGCCGAGAUUAUGGAUCAUCUAUCGGAAACCGCCAUUCGAUCGCAUCUGCCGAACAUCAGAUCGCAAUGUCGUGAGACGCUUCUGGAUUAUAUCGGUGGCGCGUCGGAUACGGAGAAAAGUCCGGCGAAGUAUAUCGAAUUUUUCCUUGAUCAACUCGAUUAUGAGUAUGAUGUUGGACGACUAAGCGCCGCCGAAAUGCUGACGGCGUUGUUCAAGAAUCUCGUCCCGAAAUCGCUUGAGAACGUGCACAUGCUAUGUGUUGUGAAGCUCGGCGCCGCCAUCAUGAACGACGAGUCGCCGAAAGUUGUCGCUCAGGUUGGCGUCGCGCUCAGAAGCCUCCUGAACACUGUGGGUGUCGCGCAGCGGCAGGAAACGUUUGAAGUGAUUUGUCAGUGGCUUGAAACUGAAGAUGAGAAUGCUCGAGCUGUUGGAAUCCAAACGGCCGUUCAGCUGAGUUUUGUCGAGAAAGAAACGAUGGCGAAUCGCCUACCGGACAUUGUGAAACGAAUGAGAAAAUGCCUGUUCGAUGAGGACGUAUUUAGCGUAAACUCCGAGAAAUCGAUUGUGGCGUUUCUUUCGGGAUUGACAAGAAUUUUGUGCAAUAUUGGGAAGACUGAUAUGUUUGACGGAAUUGAAUUCAUGGAAGCGUUGGUUGAAUUGGCGACGUGUGAUGAGUCGUUGAGAAUUCGGAACGCGUCGGCCACGCUGAUCGGGCAGAUUCUGGCGAAUUGCGAUGAGAGCAAGAUUACGAAUCAGCUAGCGAAAGAUGUGUGCUCGUGGAUGUGCCGAACGCUGCGGCAUGAGGAGCUCGACGAUUCGACGGCCGAGCAGGCAUCGAAGAAUAUCGUGUUCAUGGUGAAGUUGCUGGAUCUCAAUGAGUAUGAGGUUGUGGUGGCGUCGAUCGCGGCGGCUUGCCGAUUCGAAGUGAAGCAUCAUGUGAAGGAGACGAUCAAGAGAACGAAUUGCUUCAAACUCGCGACGGCGUUGUUCGUGACUGCCGACGUCGCCCGAAUCGAUGUAAUUCUGACGAAAUUCCUUCCGCAUUUUGUCAGAGAGCUUCGGAUGCAGGGCGACGAUGAGCUGCUCAAACUCACGCAAGAGGUGUGCGCGUUGAUCAAGAAGCGCAUCGGCGAUGAGAACUAUAGUAUGCGAAUCGGCGAAUGUCAAAAGAGCGCGGCGAGCAAGAUCAAUGAGAGGAAGAGGAAGGUCAGAGAGCUGGCGGUGACGGCACCGCACGACGCCGCCGAGCUUCGAAGGAAGAAGAAUAGGAAGAAGGCGGAGACGAGGAAGCGAAAGAUCGAUGCGAUGAAGCCCCAUCGGCUCAUCAAGCGUCGAAAUCGGGAGAAGAGAUUGGCACAGGAGAACGAGGAGGAUUAG